AUGGCACGAUCGGCAACUCAGGCACCCAAAAAUAACUCAAAAUAUUCGGUGGAAAUAAUCAAAAAUUUUGGACCAAUGUGUGAGGAUCUAUUGAAAGUAUUUGGACAAAGAAACAAACAAUUACCAACGAAAAUUGUUGUCUAUCGUGACGGCGUUGACGAUGGUCACUUUCAAAAAGUUAUCGAUAAUGAAGUUCGUUCUCUCCAACAAGCAUGUCAAGGUAAGAUUAUGAAGACCUUUUGAAAUUACAGUUAAACUACGUCUGUUCUUGCAUUUAUAUUACUUGGCUGAGUUUCAAAGCCAUAUCCAAGAGUUUUGGAGUCUAAAACAUCUUAAGGAAUCUAAGUAUGUUCUUCAAUGUUGAUCAUGCAAUUUCUGUACAGUCAAAAGGCUAAACAAAAUAUUUAUUUUUGAAAAACGUCCAAACGUAAGGCUUUUCAUUCGUAUGACUCAUACCAGACGUAUCAUGCGAUCAGUUAAUUCCAAAUAUAUCUCAACCCACAUGUCAGAAUGCGUCUCGAUUGAUGGAAUUAUAUACACAUUUCAAAUCAUCGAAACACAUUUGUACUAGCUGAUUACGUUCUCUUGUUCAUUGUAUUACCAUUUUCAGUGUACAAACUUGAUCUAUUGUCCCUAUUUCAGCUCGAAAUUUAGCGUAGUGAUGUAAGAAUUGCUUGUCAAGUCCUUUUCAGAUUUUGUUGAAAAUUAUUCUUCCAAAACUUUGAUUAUCAUUACCAAUAGAGAAAUUCUUUUGGAAUGAAAUGUUUGAUGCUUUGCCUCUUUCACUGUUGAUACGGCAUCUUGGCAUUUUUCAGCAGUUGAUAUUAGAAUUGAUUGUAGAAUGGAUCAGUGUAUCUAUAUCUUCCUGGAAGAAGUUUAACGGAAUAUUGUUAUCUAAUUACAAUAAUCAUAAUCUGAUCUAAUUGCAGCCAUUAGUUUUAAUUUAUUCUUGUCGACUUUUUCGACGAAUUUUAAUUUUUUUUUUUCAUGGCAAAUGGCGAUCAGUGUCGAUACACUCAAUAGUUUCUCAAUACUUGUUUUGAAUUUUCCAUCCACUAAUUCAGCACCGGACAUAUGCUAUUCUCUUGAACCAGAUGGUAUCCAUGUGUUCUGAUGUAUUUGAAGAAUACAUUAUGAAUUUAAAAUGUUGCAAAAGUUAACUAGGUUUUGGCCUAGUUUGGGACCAAAUAACCACAGUUCGGGGCAUAACUGUUUCUCUAGGAAAACUGAUGAUAAGGUGGUUCCGGUGCGGAAUGAGAGUCAGUGAGGUCAAGAAUUGUCAUCGCGAGACUUCGGCAUAAACUGAUGGAAGUGUAGCCGUUAAUUCAUCUAAUGAUGAUGCCGCUGAAAUGAUGGGUUGAGAAAAAUUUCACAAAGCACCUCAAAUUAACCAUCGACAAGUUGCUGAAACGUAAUAUGAUUACAAUUAUGGAAGAUUUUAAUGUAAGGAUCAGAGAUGAACAACUUAAUUCUUAUUGAAAAGUUGUUGAAUUAAUUAUAAUACAUAAACAAAACUAUAAUCGUCAAAACCUAAUUAACUUUUGCAACAUUUUAAAUUCAUAAUAUAUUCUUCAAAUACAUCAGAACACGUGGAUACUAUCUGGUUCAAGAGAAUGGCAUAAGUCCGG